UGAUUAGAGAGUCCGCGACUCGGCGGUCGUGUCGAUCAUGAAGUGCUUCAUAAAAUCAUUGGAAUUCGCGGUGACAAUAUCGAUACUGGCUGUGAAAAUUUACCCUGAGGAUGAGGAAUAUCCUGAUUCUUCUGUGUGCAACGAGCAUUCUAGCGAGUGAUGAAACUCCUAGGGUGAUUAUAAUCGGUGCGGGUGCUUCAGGAAUCGCUGCAGCUGCAAAACUAUUUCGAAAUGGAAUCGACAACGUCACGAUUCUGGAAGCUGAGGACAGGAUUGGGGGAAGAGUUUACAGUGUGGAAAUGGAAGAGUACGAUGUGGAUUUGGGAGCGCAGUGGGUUCACGGAGAGGGGAAAAAUGUUGUCUACGAAAUGGCGUGGCCUUUUCAUCUCCUCUCACACUGUCUCGGUCCCAAUGAUGGAUCAAUUUUCUUCAAAACGGCGUUCAAGGCACUCGCGCGGACAGUCGGAUCCGAAAAAGAGGCCGCUAUAUUGAUGCGAAGGAAUUCUAUCAAGUUUUUUCUAUCGACCGGUGAAAAGAUGAACGACAAGACCGGCAGAAGUCUCAUUACUUUUGCAAUGAAUCUCACGGCAGAAUGGCCAGGUGUUGAAAAUUUGAGGACAGGAUCUGUCGGUGAAUACUUCGACAGGAAGAUAAAUGAUUAUUUCAACAAGCACGAAGACAUCCCCGAGGAUCUCAAGAUACCUUUAGUCAAGAUGGUACACCGGGCGCACAUGGCGGAAAAUGGCGCUGAGGAUUUGUACCAAGCAUCAGCAAAGGCUGAUGGCGAUUACUUUUCGGAUGGAGAUCAGCAGCUGAAUUGGAAAACAGGGACAUACGGAAUUAUCUUGGAUCUCCUGAUGAGAAAGUAUCCGGAUCCCGAAGAGGAACUGCCAAUCGUCAACAGUACCUUGUUUAAUAAAAAGGUUUCGAGGAUUGAAUACAAAGGUGAUGGUCCGGUGAAAGUGAAAACAUCCGAUGGAGACGUGUAUAUGGCAGAUUAUGUGAUAUUCACACCGUCAUUGGGAGUCCUGAAGGCGAAUCAUAAGAACUUGUUCGUGCCGCACCUGCCGCCCAGCAAAAUCAAUGCAAUCGAACACAUAGGGAUGGGACACGUCGGCAAGAUUUACUUGUACUACGAUGAACCUUGGUGGACGAAGGAUCUCAGUAACUUCUACAGAUUCUUAAUCUGGACUGAAGAUGAUGAGAAAGAACUUGCGAGUGAUCCCGAACGAAGAUGGAUGCUGUCGGUUUACACGGUCAAUCGAAUUGAGUGGAAGCCCAAGCUGAUAUGUCUCUGGUUGACAGGUCCAAACAUCAGGGAAAUGGAGCUGUUACCGAAGGAGCUGGUGAGGGAUCAGUCCCUCUGGUUGCUGGACAAAUUCUUCGGCAAAUUUUACAAUCUCACGGAGCCCACGGAGAUGCUGAGAACCCACUGGAACUCCAAUGAUAAUUUCCUUGGGACCUACAGCUGGAUGAGUCUUGAUGCGGAGGCCCAUAAUGCGACGGUUUCUGAUCUUGCCGAGCCCAUAAUGCAGAGAGAUGGUCGCACACCGGCUAUCAUGUUUGCUGGGGAAGCAACCAGUGAUUUUUAUAGCACUGUCCACGGUGCCAUUGGCUCGGGCUGGCGAGAAGCAGAACGUAUCAUUGACAUCAAAAAACGAUCGAGCCACUGGACCCAGGGGUAGCACAAUAGAUUAUUGAGAUUUCAUUGAAUCUUUCAAGAAUUAUUUUCAAUCUAUGAUGCAAUAAAAUGAAUCUAUUCUUUUAUUA